AUGACCAGCACGGGCCCGCUCGCCGACGCGCCGCCGCGCCUCAUGGACGGCGCCGCGAUGGACUACUUCCUCAUCGAGACCGUCGCGGCGCUGCGCGCGUCCGCGGGCGUCGCCGUCGCGCGCGCCCGCGAGAUCGAGCGUGAGAUGGUCGACGCCGGGCUCGUCCCGCCGCCUCCGCCGCCCGCGCCGCUGCUCAAGAAAGAACGGGAACGGGAACGAGAGAGGGAGAGGGAGAGCGCGGGGAGCACGCUCGCGAGCGCCGUCACCGCGGGGAAGGCGCCGCUCGACGAGGACGAGGAAGAGGUGCGGGUGCGGCUGGAGAGCAUCGGGGCGCACGUCGGCGCCAAUCUCGCAGAACGGUUGUGUCGCGAUCGCGGGCUGUUCGCGGACACGCUCGACUCGGUCAAGUUCAUAUGCAAGGACGUCUGGAUCGCCUGCUGGGACAAGCAGGUCGACAAUCUGCGGACGAACCACCGCGGCGUGUACGUCUUACAGGACAACGCGUUCAAGCCCAUCUCUCGUCUCUCGUCGUGGGAAGGCCGACCCGAUGCUCUACGACGAGCGAGACUGUAUGUCGCGCUCCCGGCGGGCAUCAUCCGCGGCGCCCUCACCCGCAUGGGCUUCGCCAACGUCACCGUGACGCCAGAAAUCAACAGCAUGCCAUCGUGCACGUUCCAGGUGAAGCUCCCGAAAGGAACUUGA